AUGUUUAAUGUGAAUACUACUGAUAUUAAAAGAAAUACUAUUAAUGUGGAACUAUACCAAGGAUUAAAAAUUGUGGAUAUUAUAGAUGAAAUUGAAGAUAUUGUUGGCGAAAACUCAGUGAUUGCCGCCUGCCCAACAACAGGUAACGUUGAAAUAACCUUUGAUAAUCAUGAACGCUUAAAACAUCUCCUAAACAAACCUAUAGUUGUCCAUGACAAAGUUCUCUCAUAUAAUUUAAUUGGAUCCAAAAUAAUGGUCGUAUCAUUUAUGAAUAUUCCAUGCUAUAUCCCCGAUAACGAAAUUUUAACUAAACUUGCACAAUGGAAUGUAAAACCACUUGGCAACAUCAGACAUAGGACAAUACGAUACAAGGAUAGAAACAUACCAGAUGGAACCCGCUUUAUUAAAUGUGAAUUCCCCCCUGAAGUAACAAGCCUCCCCUAUGCAACAUUUUUUGAUGGCAGAUCAUUCACUAUAAAACAUAAUAACCAACAAAAAGUGUGUUUCGAAUGCUUUAAACCCGGUCAUGAUAUUAAGGACUGCCCAGUCACGAUAUGCAGAAGGUGCAAACAAUCGGGCCACAUAAAAAAGUUUUGCAUUGAAGAAAUCUGUGACGACUGUACCGAAUUUAAUUACAAGUGCUUAUGUAAGACAGAG